AUGGACGCAGAGUCCAGCGCUGUCAAGCUGCCCUUCCUUCGGCUAAACAAUCCGUUCGUCCAGAACCUCCUCUCCGCCGCAUGCCUCUUCUGCAACCCCGGCCUCUACCUGGCCGUCUCGCUGCUCGGCGCCGGUGGCGGCCGGCCCACGUCCACAACCAUGGCAAACAUUAGCAACGGCACGCUCUACGGCGUCUUUGUCUUUUCGGCCCUCAUGGCUGGCACUGUGCUCAACACCCUGGGUCCGCGCUACACGAUGAUGUUUGGCAUCACCGGCUAUCCCGUCUACAUUGGAUCCAUGUGGUACUUUGACGCCCAGGGCCACCUGUGGUUUCCCAUCUUCGCCGGUGCGUACCUGGGCCUCUGCGCCGGCUGUCUCUGGACCACUGCCGCGUACAUGUCUAGUGCCUACGCCGAAGAGAAGGACAAGGGCCUCUGGCGUGCCAUACAGUGGACAGGCAACAUCUCGGGCGCCGCCGUCGGUGCGUCUGUUGCCCUCGGCAUCAGCUGGAACUCUGCCUCGGCCAGCGUGCCCCAUUCGGUCUACAUUGUCUUUAUCGUCAUCCAAGUCGCCUCUGCCGGCUUUGCCUCACUGCUGCUGCCGUCGAACCAGCUGCGCCGCUCGGACGGCACUGCUCUCGCUGCCUUUGAGCACUUGACGGCCUGGGAGUCGCUCAAGAUCACGGGGUCGCUGUUCAAGGACUGGCGCAUCCUCAUCAUGAUCCCCUGCUGCUUCACGGCCGAGAUGUUCUUCCCGCUACAGGCUUCCAUGAACGCAUACGCCUUCAACCUGCGCACCCGCACACUCAACUCGCUGCUCAACAACCUCAUCCAGAUUCCCGUCACACUCGGCGUGGGCUUUUUGUUGGAUACCGAGCGUCUGGGCACCCGCCAGCGCCGGGCCUUUUACGGCAUCACGUUCGACGCCGUCUGGAUCACUGGCGCCUACGUUGCCCAGACUAUCUGGCUUGCCAGCUGGAAGUUUGACCGUUCCAUCCCGGGGCCGUCCAUCGACUGCACCGACAAGGCCUAUGCCGGCGCCGUCGUCAUCUACAUGCUGUACGCCGCCCAGUACGGCGUCUUUCAGAACGUCGUUCUUUACGUCCUCGGCUCGCUCACCAACGAGCCCCGCAAGCUCGCCGCCAUGGGUGGCUUCUUCGUUUCCUGGUUGAGCGCCGGCACCGCCGUCUCUUUUGGCGUCGAUGCUACCUCCCAGCCUUACGAGAACGAAAACGCAGCCUACUUUGCCCUCACCACAAUCUGCUGGCCCAUUCUGUACUUUGUCGCCUGGAAGUGCAUCAAGGCCACCAACUACGACAAGGAAGACAAUGUCAUUGUGCCCAUUCACGUGCGCCGGGAGCUACAUCUCGACGGCGAGAAGACGGGACCGCUCGAGGGCGUCGAGAUGACCCCCGAGACGCCACAGGCCAUGAGCGAGAAGGUGGAGUAG